AUGUACGGACGCUUCGAACUCGAUUGUGGGAGCGAGAUGGGGGUGGAGGUGGUGUAUGCCGAUACCGCACCCGAGACGUGUCUCGAGCAGGACGUGGUGGGGGGGGGGGCUUUUGAGGCCACGCUCCAGACGUCUCGCGGAAACAGACGCCUUUAUGAGGCGUUCUCGAGCGUUAUGCGGUUCCACAACCCCGCAGAGCCGUCUGUCGUGAUUGUGAGCGUCAUGUUCGAGGACAGAACGUGGCACAAUAGGUUCGUUUCCGAGUCCAACAGGAGGAUCGCCGCGGCGCACGAAUUUGCGACCGAGAGGCUGUGA